UCAUCGUCGCUCAAUUUUUUAACCUUUAUUUUGCGAAAUUAAUUGAAGGUGACACAAAAUGAUAACUCGUCUCUUGCAAAAGACGAUAAAAACGCGUCCAAUUCAGCAUUUUUCACGCCAAUUCUCGUCACAAACAGCCACAAAAUCCGCAGUUGAUGAUGCAACUUUCCGAAAAUCCAAAUAUUUGGUCGGCGAUUCGAUGCACGGAUUUGUCUGCACGAAUGUUAAGUUCAUCAAAGAGUUUAAUAUGACGGCUUAUGUGUUGAAACACGAGAAAACUGGCCUGGAAUACCUCCACGUUGAUCGUCCCGACAGCAAUAAUGUCUUUUCCAUUAAUUUUCGCACGACCCCGAUGAACAGCACCGGUCUUCCGCACAUCUUGGAACAUAAUGUUCUCUGUGGAAGUGAACGUUUUCCCGUCCGCGACCCCUUUUUCAAGAUGUUAAAUCGAAGUUUGGCAACUUUCAUGAACGCCAUGACGGGUCCCGACUACACUUUGUACCCAUUUUCGUCGACAAACGAGACAGAUUACCGAAAUUUGAUGGGAAUUUACUGCGAUGCCGUUUUCAAGCCGAAUUUGAAGUACCUGGACUUCUUGCAGGAAGGUUGGCGCUUGGAACAUUCGACGAUAGAUGACAAAAACUCACCAUUAAUCUUCAAAGGCGUCGUUUACAACGAAAUGAAGGGAGCAUUUUCGGAAAAUUCCGCUGUUUUUGGCGAAAAUUUUUUCAAUAAGAUUUUGCCGGAUCACACGUAUGGCGUUUGUUCUGGUGGUGACCCCAUAAAAAUCCCGGAAUUGACACACAAGGACCUCGUCGAGUUCCAUCAGAAAUAUUAUCACCCGAGUAACGCACGAAUGUUCAGUUACGGCAAUUUCCAGCUGGAAAAGACGUUGGAUUACGUGAAUUCGCAGUAUUUGGGACAUGUGAACCCCAUUGAUGCGUCUUAUAGUGUCGUCCCGAACCAGAAACGGUGGACGGAGCCACGAUCUGCUCACAUUACGUGUCGUUUCGACAACAUGGGAGCGCCGUUCGAGAAGCAAAAUCAAAUUGGAAUUGGAUUUUUGAUGUCCGACAUUCGAGAUACUUACGAAAAUUUCGUUAUUUACGUCUUGACGGAACUUUUGGUCAAGGGACCCAACUCGUACUUUUACAAAAGCUUGAUUGAACCGAAUAUUUCGGGUGGGUACAACGGAAAUACCGGUUUCGAGUCGAAUAUUAAGGACACAAUGUUCACAAUUGGUCUUCAGGAUAUCGCUGUGAACGAUUUUGAACGAGUUCAAACGAUUUUCGAUCAAACGAUCCAACAAGUGGUCGAGCAGGGCUUCGAUAAAACGCAUUUGGAAGGCAUUUUACACAACAUUGAACUCAUGAUGAAGCACCAAACACCCAAAUUUGGUCUCGGAUUGCUUUUUAACUUGACCGCCUUGUGGAAUCACGGCACAGGAAGUGAUUUAAUCAGCAGUAUGGAAGUCGCCAACACCAUAGCGCGCUUCAGAAAGAACUUGGCGGAGGACCCAAAGUACCUGGAAAAGAAAGUUGAACAAUAUUUCAUCAAAAAUAAGCAUAAAUUGACGUUAACGAUGUCUCCGGACAAGGAUCACGAAGCAAAAUUCGCAGCUGCGGAACAAAAAUUGCUGCAGGAAAAGGUCGAUGCAUUAACAGAAACUGACAAGGAACGUGUCUUCAAAGAUGGCUUGGCUCUGUUAGAGUCCCAAAAGUCCGUGGAAAACAUGGAAAUCCUUCCGUGCCUCAAACUGAGUGACAUUAAGACCGAUUUGGAAGCCCCCCGAUUGGAAAAAAUCACCGUAAAAGACGUUCCCACGCAAAUUUGUCUUGUUGACACAAACGGCGUCACAUAUUUCCGUUCGAUUUUUGACGCCUCCGAACUGGAACACGAAGAAAAAGUGCUUUUGCCCUUGUUUUGCGACGUCGUGAGCCAAUUUGGAACGAAAAAAACUGAUUUUCGCACCUUUGAUACGCGAAUUAAAACCAAAACCGCAGGAUUGUCGUUCAGUGUUCAUUUGACGGAAAGUCUAGAGGACCCGAGAAAAUACCAAAUUGGCCUAAUGAUGGGCACUUAUUGUCUAAAUCCGAAUAAUGAGGAGAUGUUUUCAAUUAUUUCGGAGUUGUUGAACGAUUUUCAUCCCGAGGACACGGAACGCUUUGAAAUGUUGCUCCAAAAUUACCUCUCGAACCUAUCUUGUGGCAUCGCGCAGUCGGGACACAUGUAUGCGAUAAGCGGGGCUUCGGGUCUCGUCACGGAAGCGGCGGCAUUGAAGGAGGAGAUUAACGGCAUCAAACAUUUGGAAUUUAUGAACAAAUUAACGGCAGAAGCGACACCGGCGGAAAUUUUGGAAAAAAUGAGAAAAAUUGCUGAAAAAUUAUUUAAAAAGGGUUCGAUGAGUACAGCGCUGAAUUUAACGGAAAAUGACAAAAAAUCAACGUUAAAAACUUACGAAGCAUUUUUGGGGGAUGUUUGCCAGAACCGAACAAAAUCUCCGCUGAAAUGGCAUGAAUCGAAAAUCUUGUCCACGAAGUCGAUCCACAACGAAAUGACAAUUCCCGUGAAUUAUUGCGCAAAAGCUUUUCCAACCGUCUCGUACACUCAUCCCGAUUUCGCUAAAUUACGCGUUCUAGCGAAACUAAUUUCCGCCAAGUACCUUCUCCCGGUUGUUAGAGAGCAAAAUGGAGCUUAUGGCGCUGGUGCGAAACUCGGAACCGAUUCUCUCUUCAGUUUCUACAGUUAUCGUGACCCGAAUUCGACAAAAACGCUGGAUGUCUUUGACGAAACCUACAACUGGAUCAAACAAAAUGACGCGAAAUUCGAUGAACAAACUUUAUUUGAGGCGAAAUUGGGAGUUUUGCAGCAAAUUGAUGCCCCGAUUGCUCCGAUGGAUGUUGGAAUUGAUAAUUUUUCGCACGGAUUGACGCAUGAGAUGCGAAUGGCGCACAGGAAAAAUAUUCUCGGGGUCACGAAAGAGGACUUGAUGCAAGUGGCGGAGAAGUAUUUGAAGGAGGGAGCAGUUAAAAAUGUCGGAAAAUGCGUGCUUGGACCGGAAAAUGGGGAAUUGAAGGAACGAAUGACUGCCUUGAAUUAAAUUUGAAAGUUAGAAUUAGAUAGUUUUGGAGGAAUAAAAAAAAAUAUGUAAAUGUUGAAAUUAAUUUUUUCAUUAAAAAGGUCCUUGAAAAAAAUUCAUUUUUAGCCCAAAAAAAUUUUAAUGAA